CCGAAAACACACAUCAACAAAAUCUUUGAUCCACGGGAAGAAACCCUAGAUCUCAUCUCCCCAUAGCCAUUGGAUCAGAUCAAUCAGGUAUCUUCCUCUCGACUCUUCCCAAUCAAAGGACACAGCAAUGGUUGAGAUAGAAUCGCAUUUGUAUUCAUCCAGAGCAGAAGGAAGUUUCAGCAUUCUCUUGAGCUUGUUGUAGCACUUUGUUUUGAAACUCGAAGUUUGUUCGGAAUCUAGAAGCCGAAAACAGUUUUUACUCUCUUUCUUUUAAUUCACUGAUGUGUGAUUUGAUCGCUCGUACGGGUCGGCUCCAGCAACGGUACGAGAAUGGCUGCCGUCUCGUUGCCGGGUGCAUACCGUUUAGAUAUAGAAUCUCUGAAGAAGUCAGUGAUUCUAGUUGUGAGAAAGUGGUUGAAGUGUUGAUGAUCAGUUCCUCUAGUGGACCUGGACUUUUGUUUCCAAAGGGAGGGUGGGAGAAUGAUGAGACAGUCAGGGAGGCUGCAGCUAGAGAAGCUGUCGAAGAAGCAGGAGUUCGUGGGAUUUUACUGGAUUUGGUGGGAGAAUACGAGUUCAAGAGCAAGACUCACCAAGACGAGUUUUGCCCUGAAGGAUUAUGCAAAGCUGCAAUGUACGCUCUGCUUGUGAAGGAGGAGCUUGACUCGUGGCCGGAACAGGAGACGAGAAGUAGGACAUGGCUCACGAUUCCUGAAGCAGUUGAGAAUUGUCGGCAUGCAUGGAUGAAAUGUGCCUUGGAGGAAGGCUUCUGUAAAUGGCUCCAGGAUAAAGGACAUCAACUUAUCCAAUAAUAAGCCACACUUCUCUUUUUCGUUCUACCCAUUCAUUUUUCUCAACAUUUAGGAGUUUUUUGUUCUCAAUUAUUUCGUUUUUUAGGAAACUUCAUAUCAAACAUAAACAGUGUUGGUGAAAACGAUUUGUAACAAAACUGAAAUAUCUAUUGUAGUUCAAAAAGUGGCUAAAAU